UUGCUUGAACAUAAUUUAAAUUACAGUUCUCGUUACGUGAUCUUGUUAAUGGUCUCUCGAGAUUAUCGAUUGAAGUAAAGGCAAAGCUCGUUCAAAAAGUUCGUUCAUUUUUAAUCAAAAUUAUCGGGGGAUUCCCAAAAUUCCUAUAAUAUCGAAAACAAACAAACUAUUAUUCUAAUGCGAUCGCUAUAGAUGCUUUGUAUGCAUUGUUAGGUCUUUAUUAUACUUUAGUGAAAACAAAAAAGUCAAAGAGAUCAAAUUUGAUUAUAGGAAAUAAUCAAAUGUGAAAGAUUGGGUUCGGUUAUUUAACUUUGGACAGUUUUGCUUUGGUUUAAUCUGUUCUCUUCUUAUAUAUACGCGCACACAUUGAAAAAGAGAGAAUUUAUCGACCCGCAUAACAGCAGCAGGGUUGCGCCGUCGCGGAACCUUCUUCUCGUCGUAUGUCCUAUCUCUAUUCGAUUUAAAAGAAAAUUUUGCACCCACAGCCAUUCGCCACAGCUCGAACGUCGGACCCUUUUCGAGGAAUGUGCCGAAAAAAGUAAUAUACGCGUUAAAAUCAUCCAAAUGAAUAUCACCGAGGCAGCACCACCGAUCGACAAAAUGGCCAACAUUUACGACAACUCGUUCAUCCGAAUGUGGCACUUCAUUUUUUACGAUUUAGCGGAUCCACGAACACGUGAUUGGUCCCUCGUGUCUUCACCCGUGCCAGGACUCAGUAUUCUAAUUGGUUACCAUUACUUCAUUCGGUCCUGGGGCCCCAAAUAUAUGGAACAUCGGAAACCCUUCCAAAUGAAAAAUAUUCUAGUCAUUUAUAAUUUUAUGCAAGUCCUCUUGAGCAUUUGGAUAUUUAAUGAAGCACUGGACGCUGCCUGGUUAAGAAAUUACAGCUUCAAAUGCGAGCCUGUUGAUUUUUCGAAUACACCGGAAGCGAUAAGAGUCGCUAAAGGCGUUUAUAUUUAUUUUAUCGCUAAAAUUACGGAACUUCUCGACACGGUCUUUUUUGUUUUACGAAAGAAAGAGAAACAGGUAACGUUUCUCCACGUUUAUCAUCAUACCGUGAUGCCAAUGAUCGCUUGGGGUGCAGUAACAUAUUAUCCAGGAGGUCAUGGUACCUUCAUAGGUCUCAUCAAUAGCUUCGUUCACAUCGUGAUGUACACGUAUUAUUUACUAGCCGUAUUACUGCCGCAAUAUCAAAAAUAUUUAUGGUGGAAAAAAUACAUAACUACGUUGCAAAUGGGACAAUUCUGCUUGACGUUUUUGCACAAUUUUCAAUUGCUCAUAUACGAUUGCGGUUAUCCAAGGUGGACCGUCGUUUUUACUCUUCCAAAUAUAAUAUUCUUCUACUUCCUUUUUUCUGACUUUUACAAAAUGGCCUACGGAACUAGUGAUAAAAAGAAAUUAAGUGUGACGACGACGACGACAACGUUGGCCAACGGAAAGAUCGAAUCUAACGAUACGAAGAAAUUAAAUGGAAACGUCAACGAUUACGAAGACACAUUGAACGUUUCUUCCAACGGAAAGAUCAAAAUCCUCGACAAAGGAGACAAAGAAAAUUAAUUAUUUUCGGAUAGAUAUCUCGUUAUCGAUGAUUCUUACGAAUUCAAAAACGAAAAACAUUCAAACCAUAUUGGAAAAAGAAUCUUUGCUCCGUUUAAUCGGGAAAGUAAGCCCCACAUUUCUUCGUGCCAAAUCGCAAUUAAAACAACAACGAGAACAAUCCGAAAAAAUAAGUCAAUUCUUAAGGAUAUUCUCAUCUUACAAAUGCGUACUCGAUGAACGUUGAAAAACAAAAAAAAAGAUACGAAAACUUGCCCAGUUUUCGGAUUAGAUUUAAUGAUAACAAUUUUCGAUUAAGUUAACAAAAAAACUGCGAUGGCACGUCUAAGGCAACGAGAGAAAUGAUAUUCCCCUUCUUUCUUUCUUUCUUUCUUUUCCUUUUUUAUACAAGAAAAAGAACAUUCGAAAAAGAACCUUCCCCCCUUAUUUUUUUUUCUUCAUCAUUCUUGCAUUUCAACGAUAUGAAAAAAUGUCAUUUGCUGUUGCAAGAGAAAACGAUCGAAAGUUUAAAACGAGUAAAUCAUGUUUCUUGAUAAAUGUAAUAGCAAUCAACCAAUAUACCGGAUGAAACCUUCUUUUUUCUUUUUUUUUUGUUUUCCCAUGUGCCAUAAUAUAAUAUCGACCUAAUUAUAUUAUAAAUCAUAUA